AUCCGGCUUCAUCCAACUCGGAAGUUUGCUCGGCGGGUAGGAAGGCAUCGCGCUGACCCGCCAUGUUUCUGGUUCUGGUGGUCACAGAAGAGUUGAGGGAGUUCCUGGCCAGAGCAAGAAGUGGAUUUGGCCGCCUCAUCCAGGUGUUGAUCAAAGACGAGCAGCUGGUGCUGGGUGCAUACAGAGAGCCACGUCAGAGUUGGGAUAAAGACUAUGACCAUUUCCUACUUCCCCUGCUGUGCCCUCACGAGCCCUGUUACAUUUUAUAUCGUCUGGACUCUAAAAACGCCCAAGGCUAUGAAUGGCUCUUUAUCUCCUGGUCACCUGACCAGUCUCCAGUCAGACAAAAGAUGCUGUAUGCAGCCACCCGAGCAACAGUGAAGAAAGAGUUCGGUGGUGGCCACGUCAAAGAUGAGAUGUUCGGGACAGUCGAGGAAGAUGUUUGCUUUCAGGGUUACCUGCGUCACAUUACGUCGUGUUCAGCACCAGCCCCUCUGACAGCCGCUGAACAGGAGCUACAGCGAAUCAAAAUCACAGAGGUGAAAACUGAGAUCAGCGUGGACCCUAAACAUCAAACUCUACAGGGUCUUGCUUUUCCCUUAAAGGCCGAGGCUAAACGUGCCCUACAACAGCUCGCAGAGAGACGGAUCAACUACAUCCAACUGAAGUUGGACACAGAGAAGGAAACCAUUGAUUUGGUUCACACCAGCCCGACAGACAUCCGCGAUCUACCACGCCGGAUCCCAACGGAUACACCCAGAUAUCACUUCUUCCUCUACAAACAUUCACAUGAGGGGGAAUACGUGGAGUCUGUCGUGUUCAUAUACUCCAUGCCAGGAUACAGCUGCAGUAUCAAGGAAAGGAUGCUGUAUUCUAGCUGCAAAAGUCGACUGCUAGAGGAAGUUGAGAGGGAUUUUCACCUAGAGGUGGCUAAAAAGCUGGAGAUAGAUAGCGGAGAUGAACUGACAGACCAGUACCUGUAUGAUGAGGUCCACCCUAAGCAGCAGACUCUCAAGCAAGCCUUCGCCAAACCGCGCGGGCCUGCUGGGAAAAGAGGAAACAAACGUCUCAUUAAGGGAAGUGGAGACAGCUAGGAACGAGAUAAAGAAAGAAAUGAACUGCUCUUCCCACUGGGAGAUGAUAGUUUAAAUUUGUUUUUACUUUCUGUGGCUUGUAUCUCAUUGGAUAUUUAUUAAUUUGGUGUGCUAACCUGUAUAUCUUUGAGAAAGAGGAAUACUCAGGAAUUCAUUGUCUAUGUAAAUUUUCUUAGCAUAUUCUUAGCAUUUCUUCUAAAUGUCUACACUCAAUUAAAUUUUGAUAAGAAUUAACACUGUUUUUAAUGUGAUAGUAUAGAGCUUAUAAUAUAAACAUGUUUGUGGUUUGUAUUAAUAAUUUAGAAAAAAAUAUACGCUGGUUUACUCUGAGAAACAUGUAACCAUUAAAUAGUCCAAGAACAAGUGCAUAUAGAGCCAGAUCGGACAUGUAAACAAAAUGUGGUUACUUGACUACUGUAUGUCAGCUUUUCAGCUGGUAACAAAUGCUGAACGAUACAGAUUGACUUUUAGACAAGUAAAUCUGAUUCAGUGUAAUGAAUGUGAAUAAUAUAUUUUUUGUCUCCUACAUUGAUUUGAUAUUUUUUUGUCAUAUAUCAUAAACAUAUAUCAUCACAAAAUUUUGUGUAAAAGCAACUUCUAGUAGGCAGAUAAUUCCAAAUAAAACCUUUAUGUCCAACACUUUUUCAGUCUUAUUGAAUGAUACUGAAUGUUAUUAAUCUAACAACUGUUUGUGAUUUUUUUCAAAAAUAUAUUCCUGUUGUUUUUUAUAAGUAGGACUAUAUGGCAUAAAACAGUGUUGAUAAUCAGACCACAAACAGACCCUUUUCUGCAACACUUAUAAGCAUAAUGUUACAUAAAUAAAUACAAUUUGUGUGA